UCUACAUUAGUUGAAGCUCUCAUAUCGUAUAUUGUUUAGCAAGAAACAAAUUAAUUAUUUCCUUUGGAUUUCACAAUCUUUGAACACUGAGACCCGCCCUUCUUAUUAACUCACAACUUCAACAUGUCUCCCAACGGACAAGCAUUUCUUCUCAACCCUGAGUUGCCCGAGGGACCUACACGGUUUCCUCAGGCGCGUAUCGCUCCCGCCUCUAGCCACAAAACCAUCUACAUAUCUGGCACAUCGUGCUGCCGACCAACAGGUGAAUGGGAGGGUGUCACAGAGAGCCCAGAUGGCACAAAGAUACUGGAUAUUCGCAAGCAGACGGCAGCUGUACUCACAAAUAUUGAUUCCAUUAUCAAGGGUGCUACAGGCGGCAAAGGCGGAAUCCACAAUGUGAUCGAUGCUGUCGUCUACAUCCUUGACAUGAAGAGUCAAUACGCUGGUAUGAACGAAGAAUGGAACAAGGUCUUUGCAGACCGCGCCAGUGCCCCAGCCAGGGCCACUAUUGGGGUUAAGGAACUCCCAGAUCCCCGAAUGAUCGUGGAAGUUAAGGCAGUUGCGGUAUUCGAGUUUUAGUACCAGUAUAGACGGGCCGACUACAAUCAACGACGUGUCAAUCUCAUUCUUGAAAACGGUGUAUACGCAGACAGGCAGGCGCAGGGUACAACUCAAAUGGCUCGUAUUAAGAUAUACAUGUCAAGGUAUAGGUAGAUGGGAAAAAGAUGGUGUUACCCAAUCUUGACACCCCG